CUGGCGGCGGAGAGGGUGCAGGAGCCGGCGAGGCGGCCCCCUUUCCCUCCCGUGCUUUUAUUCCCGGCCGGGAGCUGCCGGGGAAUUUCCCGGAGUGUAGCCAGGGGGCAGUGCCCCGUUGGCCCCUUUCCACCGGUGGGUGUAUGCAGCUAAAGGAGCAGGGCGGAGAGAGAAGACCGGCCGUUCCCGGCACAGCGGCUGCUUUAGGUCCGGGAGCGAGGGAAGUGUGGCACUGCACCGUCCCGAGAACCGCCCAGCGUCUGCUGGGACCCCAUUCUCCGAAAGGAGCGGCGGCUUUUUGUGGGGGCUCUCCGUUAGCUUGCAGGGUGCAGGGUGCUGCGCCAAAGGGGAAUUUGGGUUCUGGAGGUUGCCUUGCUGCCGAGCCAUGUGCAAUGCCCACUCUUACUCAGUGGCAUUGUUCUCCUGAGCACCCCUUCAUUCACCUAGUUUUUGAAAACCCUUUUUUCCUCGGAUUUCCAUAUGUACACUCUACUACUGACAGCCUUCUGUUCCACUCCUUCACAUACAGAGGUCACUCUCUGCCUUCAUUCCUGUCAAGGCAUUUUGCUGAGUUCAGUUAUAAAGAAGCAAAAUGAUAGUUUCCUAUGAGCUUUUAAUGCAAACGAGAUACAGGUUUUCUACAUUUCAUUUACACACAGGUUUAGAUCACUUAGAUUACUUUCUUUUGUAAUAAGUUUUAGUACAAAAUAGAAUAUUGCACUUUAUUUGUCUUGGUUUUGGGUGGUUUUUUUUUUUAGCAAAUUUGUUUUCUUGCACAGACUUUUGUGAGCAUGAGUGGGGUUCAGCAAAUCAAUUUGUUCCAGGAUCAGGCAGCCGUGUGUCUUGCCCCAUUUGCCUGAAUGCCUUAGAUUAGAUGAACUGUCUGAGAACAAAACCAAGUCAGGACCCAAACCAGAUAAGAUACAGUGUAUAAAGCAGUCCUGAAAAGGGAUUAAGGAGAUAGCAAGCUGAUGGGACACAAAGACUCUCAUUCCUGGGCUCCAUCAUCUACAGCUCAGCUGUUUCAUACAGCUACUGGCUUAGUCCCUCAGGAGAUCAGCCCUGCAGGAAGAUUUUAUGUCACAAGCAAAUGGUGAUUGACCCAGGUUAUCAGGAAAUAUCUAAUGACUAGUUUGGACCCCUAUCCAGAUGCAGUUUGGUAACGACAUCCUUGGGAGCAUCUGGCUGUUAGCUUGGUCUUAAAAGGAAGCUACAUGGUCAGCUUAGGGGCAGCCACUAAUUAGAAACCUUCACUGAGAUCCCUUGAGAUGAUGGAGGUGGAAUCACCAUUCCCUCCAGGUUAUAGCCACACAAGCCUUGGACUGGGAGUUCCCCAUAUGAUUGUCCCAAGGAAGUGCCAUGUUCUUUGCAGCAAGAAGGAUUUGCCCAGCUGCAGCAAACUGAGGCAACAAGCAGGUAGGAUGGUGCACAGUCUGCUCCGGGUCAUUGCAGUUAUCCUUGGCAGAUCCAGCUCAGAGUGAUGUGGGGAGCAGAUCCCUCACUGUCACUCGUGCGCAGUCAGAUUACACACUGCUCUUGGACAGUACGCAUGAGUAAGGACAGCUUACGUGACGGCACUUGGCUUUAUGCUUGCAUGACUGCUAACAAGAACUGACCCAUCAGCCUCAUUCCACAGUGGUUACUGCUGAGGAAAUUCCAGAUGUCUCCUGGGGUCUGGAGCGUGAAGCUGUUUUUAGACACGGAGCAGCAAUGUGUGAAACUCUGCGGCCAGCUCUCCCUGAGAGCAGCAGCCAGGUCAUGGACAUGCUGUGGUGCAGCAGAUGGUACAGAGCCUGGUCCUCUGACUCAGGGCUUGCACAAACAGGCCUGGAACAAGGGAAAUGGGUGUCUCUGGGGCUAUUUCAACAUGCAAGACCAUCUGCCUGAGCAAGGCUUUGUACCUGCAGACUUCAGAUUGCUUCUAGCUCCCUUCUGUGGGGAAAUGUGAGUAAGGUCUCUUCAGUCUAGAUGACAGCAGCAACAAGGCUGAGCUGCAGAGUAAUUCUCUUCAAUUGUAACUUUUGCCCUGUUUCCCUUCACCACCUUUGACAAAAUGUCUUUAGCAAGUACAGAAAAGAUAGGGAACAGACAGCAUCACUUCAGAAAGCUGAGUUUUUCCCUGCCUGCUGCCCUCUUUCAUUACAGAUGUUUGCCAUGCACUGAGUGCAGGUGGAACAAAUAGAAUCGUGAAAUGGCUUGAAUUGGAAAGAGACCUUGAAGGUAAUUUUGGAUUAAGUUUAAAUUAGUUAUUUUAAGUUGUGGUGUCAGUGUAGCUGGGACAGAGCUCACCACAAGGUUUGUAUUUGCCUCACUGAAGUUCCCGUUCAACUCACCCAGCUCUUUAGCAGAAGCUGCUGUGUGAAGAUACGCCAGGAUUCUGUGAUUCUGUGAAAUCUCUCAGUGUCCUUAGCCUGGGUCUUGGGGUUACUGGGACACAGAAAGCACUCCCAGCUCAGGCAGGCCCUGAAUAGGUACAUAAAGACAAUAAACCUUAUGGCUCAAUUGCCUUCACAUUAUCCAGUCCUUAAUUCAUUACAUGCAGGAAAUGAUUUAGCUCCUUUGUUUCAGACUUUGGCUGUGUGCCUUUCCACAGCAGGUAUUUAUUUGGCUUGGCACCUGUAGUGGGAGCCAUUCAGUGGCAGCAGGCCCAGGAGAGCUACAAGACAAUUAAACAAGAGAUGUCUCACUUCAACAAGUGAGGACUUCUCCUAAGUGCACGAGAAUUACCUUGGAGGAGGUGUCCCAGAUAUAAGACUAAGGUCAACUUUGAUCAUGGCCUAGAAACCAUUUAACAUGGCCAAUCUCUGAAGGAGCAGUCUUAUUUCCUCCAAGGUUUUUGUUAGGAAUUAUUUAUGUUCUGAUCUGUAAAAUGUUGAGUCACUGCUACCUAGUACAGACUGAAGUCAGAGGGUAUGGACUGCUGAUAUCCUCUCAUCUUCAUUAUGUUACCUUUUUUACCUAUAGCAGUAUGUUUCAUAGCAUUCCCUGUCUAUAGGAGGUGCUGCUCCCUAGCACCUAUAACUCCUCCUGUGGAUCCAGCUCUGUCAUGAAGUACAAACAUAUUUGCUGGAGGGAGAAACCAAAUUUCAAGCUACAGUUUUGUGCAAGGUGCCACCUGACCUUUUCUGAGAUCAUUGAUGGGACUGUGGAGGCUGGUUUCACUGUCACCUUACUAAGUGGGACUCCUGGACACACAACAAUUCCCAAAAAGAUCAUGGGCUUUGCUCUCAGAGGUGAAGAACCAAACAGAGAAGAAAGCAGAAAAUGAGGAACUGAUGGAAUUUUUGACUACAGGGGUGCAGACUCUGUCUCAGGUUUGGUGUUGGCCCUAGAAAGAAAGAAGAUGGAAAAGGAAGCUAUUAAAAACAACCAUAUAACAGAUUCAUCUCUUCUGAGUAAAUGAAGAAAGUGACUAUGAAGGCACAGCAUCUGCCUUCUGUUUUCAUCAAUGAAGAGAAGUUCGUAACCAGAGAGCAGCUCAGUUCUCUUCUGAAGAAUUAUAACUCUUACUAUUCAGAUCAAGAGAAUCUGCAACUGACAUAUAAUCAGCAGGAAGGAAGCACCCCCUUCAUUGAAGGAAUCCUGUCGAUAUUCUGGGGCGUGCGGCAUCCUAUCAGAUUAAAGAUUCAGGAUGAGAAGCAAAUACCCUCUUUUGUAACCCUGAAGUCAACAGAGAAUGUGAGCUUUUUCCCCAGUAAAAGGGGAAUGACUCGCUGGGGAGAGUUUGAUGACCUCCAUCACAUCAGCGGAGAUACACUGAAAUCUACGGAGGAGCAGCCAGACCUCCAGCAAAGUUAUCCAUGCUAUGAAAGUCACACCCUCAGGUCCAGGAGGGAGCAGGAGCUCGACUGUGCCACCCUGCCCCGCAGCAGCAGCGAUGCCGCGGCCGUGCGCAGGAGGACCAAGCUCCCCACCAUCACCAGGACAGAAGUAGAAACUCACAGGUUCUCUAUCAAUGGCCACUUCUACAACCACGAGACGUCCGUUUUCACUCCGGCUUUUGGGUCAGAAACCAAAAUAAGAAUCAACAGCCAGAUGAGAACCAGACAAGUGAUAGAGCAGUUGCUUCGGAAGUUUAAG